AUGAUUCCUACACCGAAACGCAAACAUAAAACUUUAACCAUAGCUGAUAAGUGUGCCAUACUGAAUAGUUUGAAAAAUGGAGUGUCUGGAGCUUCUCUUUCCAUUAAGUAUGGUGUUGGAAAAUCGACAAUUACUGAUUUAAAGAAAAAAGAACAGAGAAUACGGUCUUUUGUAGCUCAAACCGAGAAAGGUCCAGGUUUAAGAAAAACGCUAAAAUUGCUAGAAAAUCCAGUGCUCGAAGAAGCACUUUUCACUUGGUUUUUAGAGCAAAGACGAAGACACGGUCCUUUAUCAGGCGAAAUCGUAAUGCAAAAAGCCAGAUUCUUUCAUAAAAAACUAACAGGGUCUGAUUUCAGUGCAAGUAGAGGGUGGCUGGAUAAUUUUAAAAAGCGUCAUGGCAUACGGCAGCGGAAAGUGUCAGGUGAGAAAGUCUCUAGUAAUGCGGAGGCUGUUCAGCCAUUCCAAGAAAAGUUUUUGAAAGAGAUAGGAGAAAAAGACGUUUGUCCUGAACAAAUCUACAAUGCAGACGAAUCAGGAUUAUUUUGGAAGGUUCUGCCAGAUAAGACUAGCUUCUUCUGC